UCUAAACUGUAAAAGCAUUGUUAAAGCUUUGAUCAAGCUCCUUCAAUGGACUGGUUCUCCUGGCUCUCAAGAACCGGCCUCGACCCACUUCACACCUACGAAUACGGCCUUCUUUUUGCCCGAAAUGCCCUUAAGCCCGACGACAUUCCUCGUUUCAACCACCAUUUUCUUCAAAAAAUCGGCAUCUCCAUCGCCAAACACCGCCUCGAGAUUCUCAAACUCGCCAAAUCCCACACCCACCAACAACCCACUCUCAACAAUCCCCUCCUUUCCGCCUUCACCAAGACCAAAAUCUGCCUCAGAAACUGCCUCCGCAAGCUAAUUUUGCCCACCGCCAGGCCCGAUAAGGGGGUUUUCCGGGAAGACACGGCGGUUAUCUCCCCUGAGCCGCCGACCCUGGACGAGGUCAAGGUUAAGGAGGUCGUCAAGCCCCCGCCCAAACGACGGAGUAAACACGUGUCGCUUUCCGGGCCGUUGGAUGGGAGAACGCACGAGAAGUUCGUGAUGAGUAGUAAGAGCUUGAAGUUAUCUGGGCCGUUGGAUAGAAAAGAGAGGCCGCCUAUGUUUCCUAGAAGCCCAAGAACAUCUGGGCCUUUAGAUGGGAGAGUAUCGGAUUGGGCCUUGAGUAAAAGCCCAAAGGUGAAUGGGCCGCCACAAGGGAGAAUGAUGAAGCUGAUUCCGCCGAGCCGGAGCCCAAGAGUAUCUGGGCCGUUAGAUGGAAGAGAUGGAAGCCCAAGAAUUUGCUGUCGGUGUAAUAGGGAAAGAAUGGAAACGGAUGAUGAUUAUCAUUCCUUGUGGGUUUCAUUGUUUUAUGACAUGAAGCCAACUUGAAUUAUUAUUAUUAUUAUUAUUUUUGGGGAGGGGUUUGUUUUAAUUUUACAUGAUGUGUGCAUUUGAUUUGAAUGCCAAUGCAACUAAAAGAAAGUUGUCUAUUGAAGUUUUGUACAAGCUAAUUGUUCAAAUAUGUUUGUUUUUAGUUUUGCGAUUUCGAA